AUGCAUAUACAUAUAUACAUACAUGUGUGUUUUAGCCGUUUCCACCCACAGCCCCCUUUCUUCCUUGUUCUUUCUUUUAUAGUUACACCAAGGGGGAGGACAGUGGAUGCUCGCAAGAUGAGGGAGCCAUACGUACCUUUCAGGGCAGUGAGUACCGCUUGGCAAGUCCUUCCAAAACAUGUGGAAUUUCUUCGAGUGCCGCGUCUUGUGGAGAAUCGCUGUGAAUUGGAGGCGCGAGUAAUGCCGCUGUUUGGCACCACCAUGCAUUGUGAAGCGACCCAUGUCUUGCCCCACUCGAUACAGACAUCUGAAAAGCGAUCGGCCGGCGACUGGACGAAAGAGGCUGCAUCAACCAUCAGUGUUGAGACCACCGCGGGAAUCAUGAUUGAUGUUCCAGUUUUUUCCACAAGCACGCCUAAAUCCGCGCACUUCACUGAUAUUAAUGGAUCACAUGUGGAGAAACUGUUUGCUGACAUCUCCUCAGUAUGCUCGCAUGAUAACACAUUUCUGCGCGAUCUGGACACAGGGGAGCUGCUUCUGCCGCAGCCAGAGAUGCCUGCUUUUGUUGGAAGCAAAACCGGUGUGCGUCACGCGCUUCGCAGGCGGCGCAGGAGGCUUGUGGUACUGGGUGAUAGGCGAGGUCGGUACCAACUUGUCGCAGUGGCGAUUAGGAGGGCGGCUGACCAGCGAAGUGUCGUUGGUGAGGGAAAAGAUGGUCGCUGA